AUGUUAGCUCAAAAUUUUUUAGAUUUACUUAUUUGCCCUCCAAAUUCAUACCCAGCAUGUGCACCGUGCUGUCCAGACCCAAGCUGCCAAAUAGGACCUGUACCUUGUCCUCUUCUUAAAUAUUGUGACCUGGAGUGCAGACCGAUUUGUAGAUGUAAUAUAGGAUAUUUAAAGGAUAAUAUUAGCGGCAACUGUGUACGACCAGAGCAAUGUCCCAAAUCUCAAAAUUAG